AUGUCUGGUGGCUACAACAUUCCAGGCGGCGGGGAUCCGCCGCCUCUGACGCAAGAUAGUCCGCAGCAAAUUCCUAGCAAUGUGUAUUGCGAAGAUGUUAUAUUCGUUGAUAGUGAUCAUGACAACAUACAUACCCCUAUACAACCUAUAAAGAAUGAUACUGCAUGCACUAGCAAAUCUACAGAAAAACCCGAUUAUGUUCUCUCUGCUGAUACGGCUAUAUCGCGAAAAAGUCGCCCAAAAAAUACGGACAACAGAUUUAGAAACAGUGACACAGGCCCGUACUUUGUAUUUGUAGAACACCUUGACUUAAAUUUGGGUCGACUUCACCCAAUGAAGCUGGGAGAAAAAUUAGCAGCAUUAGCUGAAUAUGAAAAACACAUUUUAGAAAUUAGCACGGUAGGUCGUAAUCGCAUAAAAAUUGAACUUGAUUCGGGUGAUACUGCCAAUAAACUCAUAGAAGAUUCCUUAUUUGAAGCUAAUAAUCUUGUAGCGUACAUUCCCAACCACCUUACAGAGAAGCGUGGUUUAAUACGAGGUGUUGACACGGCUAUUAAUGAAAAUUCUCUAGUUAAUAUCAUAAAAUCUAACAUCCUUGUGAAAAAAGCGUACAGAAUGACUAGAACCGUUAAUAAUGGAGAAUCUUCUCUCCGGGUUCCUACACAAACUGUAGUUGUCACUUUUGCAGGUAAGCUGCUGCCACAAUUUGUUUUCAUAAACAAAGUCAGAUGCCCGGUUGAAACGUAUAUUAGCCCAGUUAUGCAAUGCUUCCAAUGCUUGCGAUACGGGCAUUCAGCAUCUCAAUGUAAGAGUAGUAGAAGGUGUAGAAAGUGCGGUUCUGCAGAUACAGAUAAUAAUCACGCUUGCAACGUAUACUGCGUUUACUGCAAAAACAACAGUCAUGAUUCAACAUUUCGUGACUGUCCUGAGUACAAAAAACAGCUAAGAACUAAGGAGGCUAUGGCAAAUCUGAAUAUUUCAUUUAAAGAGGCUGAGAAAGUCAUUGAUAAUCCGUGCUAUACUAGUAUUAUUCAAAAAAAUAGAUUUGCCCCUCUAAUAAAUUCAGAUAUAGAAUUUCCCCCUCUAACCUCUUCAUCUCAAUCCACUUCUUCUCCCACUCAACAACCAAGUCACAAAGCAGCUUCAAGCCCUCAACCAUCCCCUUUUGCGAAUCCUCCCAAAAAAAGAAAAACCAGGGAUACUUCUCCUAAUUUCGCUCCCAUCCGUAGAGAAUAUAAUUCUUCAUUUUGUGCUGGGCCUGUUUUCCAAUCUGAAGCACAGGAAUCCUGCACUGAGUCCGACCAGCUGAUUAACCAGCUAACCGCCGCAAUAAAAAAACUCUUGCAGCAAUGUUUACAAGAUUACAUCAGUGAAAAAACACCCUUUAAUGACACAGCACAAGCAAACUGUGAAAGUGAACUGGACACUAAAAUUAAAAACAUCCUAGCAAAAGUUUUCGCUUAG